AGAUCGUCUUCAUCUAGCUCAAGUGGACCAUGUGCAAGGCAAAGCACUGUUUGAGACCUUGUUCUGAACCUGGAUUUUUAAUUAUAUGGUUGUGUGCAUCAAGAAAUGCAGAGGCUGGGGGUAUUCCUCCUUUUCGGAAAAAAAAUGCCGCAAAGCCCUGGAAGAAUAUCACAUACUCCAACGAUCUUGGAAUGUAUGGAAUGUAUAUGGUGUGCUAUUUGCUACAAUUAUAUUGACUGGGCACAAUAUCCAACCAACUGAACCAGUCCUUCUCUUCUUUUCUGGAACUAGCGAAAACCACUGUUCUUUGAUUGCGAUUGUUAUAAAAUUUAUCUGGUUUGAAAAAAAGUUCUCUGAAAUUUGUUUCUAGCUGAACACCACUUGGAGGUACCUGGAAAUAUAUAACUUGCUGAAGUAUAGAAGUCCAUAUGUACUUGUAGACAGACCACGCUGGCACGCUCUUCAUAUCCUUGAUUCCAAAUUGUAAGGGUGUGAUUUCUAGGACGGAUUACUCAUCUCCUAUGCAUUAUUGGCUUUGUACGUCUCUUGGUGCCUUUUAUUGCUUAAGAUAUGAAUAAACCAGAGUAGCUAAAUAGUUAAUCAUUUGUGUAUUUAAUCCAUAAUAUUAAUAAAGAGUUCAAUUGUAUUGAAGCAGGGAAGUGGACACGGACUGUGGUUUCCCUGAGCAUGAGAAUAUUACGAGUAAUAAAAUCCUUGCACCAUGUGCCCGCCCACGCUCUCCCCACCCGCGCCCUCGUCCGCGCCUGCGCCUGCGCCGGCGGGGGCGGCCGCAGCUCCCUGCUCCGGCUUCGCCUCCUGGUUUAUGCCCCUGCCGCCGCCGCCUGCUGGCGGCCCUGUUGGCGUCCAGCUCGCGCUGCUUAGGAGAACUUCGUCCUUCCGGUGCUCAUCUGCUGCAGCCUCGCCAGAUCCAGAUUCGCUGCCGGCAGGUCAGGGCGGAUCUACCUCUUCAGGCGGCUUCGUCCCCGACUCGCAGCCGCCAAGUGCAUCUCCGAGCCAGGCUUUGGUUGGGCCGGGGCUCGCCGCCCCUGCUGUGGCUUCCUCGCGCAUUCAAGUCCCAGGCGAAGCCAGCCUUAAUUGCGCUGUUGGGAGGCAGCUGGCCUUCUUCCACCAUGCUGCUGGUGCGUCUUCAAUGCCGGGGUUGCAGCCCUGCGCGGGGCGCGAGGAUGAAGUGACCGGCGACUGGCGCCUCGUCGCAUCGCGUAAAGGCCCGCGCCGCCCGGCUUUGGCCGCCCCGGCAUUCAAGCCGGCGCCCAUUCCCCGAUGGCUCCUAGGCCGGUGUUGUCGGUGCCUCUUCCGCGGUCAUCGUGCUGAGGGGUGCCGCGACCCAAUUCGCUGCUCCCGCUGCCUACAAAAUGGGCACAAAUCGCGCGGCCGUCAAAACCUCUGGAAGCCUCUGAGCUCUCUUGACAGCCUAGCCGUGCCUCCACCACCUCUCCCCCGCCCUACUGCUGCUGUCUUCGGGGCAUCUCGCCUGGGUCGUGGCUGGGAAGCCCCUCGCCCGCUGCUGCUGCCUGCUACCCCUCGGACCAACAUGGCGCGGCCUGGUGGCGCCUCGCUACGGCCUGGUGACGCUUCGCUACGGCCGGCGGAAGACUUCGUUGUUGUCCCAGCGACGCCUGAGAUGCAGCUGGAAGCGGCCGUCCUCUCCUCCAACGGUGCGGUCGCUUGGCUCGAGGGUGGCCGGCAGGACGUCUCCUGCCGGCAGGUGGCCUCUGAGCUUGCAACGGCCCUGGGCGCGCGUCAGGCGGACGGCGAGGUGGUCCAGCACUAUCCCAAGCAAUUCUUUGUUCGGUUUAUGCAUCAGCACCACUGCGCCGAGGCUCUGUCCCGCGGUGAUCUUCCCGACGCUGGCUACCGCAUCUAUGUGCGUGAGUGGAGGCUUGAAGCGCACGCCGACAACGAGGACCAGCUCCACCACGUCCGGCUCUGCUUGGAAGGCGUCCCGCUGCACGGCUGGAACAACUACAUCGCCACCUUCCUCAUCGACCGUGGCUGCUCUCUCGACUACAUCGAGCCACGUUCCCUUCGCAAGGAGGACACGAAGGACAUGGCGCUGUGGGCAUGGACGGCCGAUCCCAGUGCCAUCCCCAAGGUCAAAUGGCUAACGCUGCCGGCCCGUGGUCACCGCCGUCGGGGACGGCGCGGCCUUCGUCAUUGCGUCAUCAUCCAUCUGGACCUCCACGAGGACCACUCCAAGGCCGGCGACGACGAUGACAACCCGCCGCCACCGGAAGUUCAUGAAUUCACCUGGUAUAGGAAGUUUGUCGAUGGCACGUACACCCCAAGGGAUCGCCGACCUGCGCAGGGGUGUACUGAGCGGCGCCCAGAUAGGCGCCAAGAUGACGGCGACCGCGACGGCCGGCGCGGGCGCGAUGGUGGCCGUGCUCGGGAGGGCUGGGGCGCCAAGGUGCGGCGCUCGCUCUCUCGCAACACUCGUGAGCGCCACCGCGAUGAUGGCCAGGACCGCACCAGGGACCGCUCGGGGGGGCACCGACGGGAGGGCAACGCUGCUGUGCUUGCCCCCCUUGCAUGCCCCGGCUCUGCUGCAGUUCUGCGAGGCUCGGGAUCGGGUAGUGGUGAGCCAACUCGUGUCCUCGAGCUGCUGCCCGUCCAGCUGCCGGCGGAGCAGCUUGCGCGUGGGCGUAGCCCCAUCCGUCACGCCUCGCCUCGCUCCUCCAGGCUGCGAUCCCAAGAUGAGUGCACUCCACCGGUGUCCCCGCCGCUCUCCCCAACCACGGUCCUGCCGCCAAGCCCUGCUUCUAAACGUGACGAGACCAGGAGCUCCCUCCUGUUGGGUGCGACUCAUAGCCAGCCUCUGCUAGAGCUGUGCUCGCCUGAGGCCAUGGUGAGGCCCCUUCCAUCGCCGUCCAGGCCACCUGGCUUCCAGUCGUCGCCAACGCCGCCGCUGGUCUGCGUCGGCACCAUGAGGCGUACCCCCUCCCCAGUGCACCGUCGCGCCGCACAAGACGGAGUGGAGACCCUGGCGCCCAUCUUCGAGGAGCGGCAGCUGGGCAUCCUCGCCCCUCCUGCGUCGCCUCGUCCCAGCCCUCCAGUGGCUCGUCGGAAGACCCUGGCAGGAGUUAAAAUCUCCAACAAGGGCGGCCUCUCACUGCAAAGGAUCAAACGAGCGGGUGCAGGUGUUGUUGCAGCUCCAGCAGCCAAGGUGGCGGAGAAGCUCAUCUGUCGCACAAUGGGAAUCACAAGAGAUGGAGAAGAUGUUACUGAGGCUACCUUGAACGACUUCACAGCCAAGUUUAAGGAGCAGCUGGCUCCAGAGGUGAUCAUGGCCAUGAGGGAGUUCUUCCACCUUGUUGAUGCUGCUGUCAACGGUGUCGAGGAUGCAUUGCUGGACCAUGGUGGUGAGGGUGCGCUGGAGCUUGCUCAAGAGGGCCAUCUAGCACAGGAAGUCGUGGGAUCGCAGCCGGCUACGGCUUGAUCUCCCAGUCUGCAUGCUUGGGCUGUUUUAGUUGAUUAUGUUAGUCCAACUAAGUAAUGUGUCAUGGGGUGGCCCUGUUGCUUUCGUUUUUAGGUGUGUGUGUUGUAUCAGGGGUGCAUGGCGUUGCCUUGUGUUGGGCUACAUGCGGUGUUGUACUGCUCUAGUUGGACAGCUGUAUCAAUGGCUACGUUCUGUGUCCUUUCUAGCUACAUGGUCAGGACCGUCA